AUGAAAGCUGAACUUCGAUCAAACCCCAAUUCAAUUUCCUUAUCGAAUUCAACCCUUUUUAACUCGCACCAAAACCCACUCUCAGGUGCUCUAAAAGGCUGUCUAGGCAAUCUAGAUGGAGCCUGUAUCGAAAAGCUUCUCCUACACUGUGCAAACGCACUUGAAAACAGCGACAUCAAUUCUGCUCAACAAGUCAUGUGGGUCCUCAACAACGUUGUUUCAUCCUCUGGAGACCCUAACCAAAGGCUUGCAUCAUGGUUCUUAAGGGCACUCAUCUCUAGGGCUUCUAGGGUUUGCCCUACACCAAUGAAUUUCAAUGGUGGAAGGAGUACCUUUCAGAGGAGACUAAUGAGUGUGACUGAGUUGGCGGGGGUACGUUGA